AUGGGCUUCUCUGAGUCUGAGGAAUUUUGCUAUAGAUUUGGAACCUUACAAGAUUGUUUGAUGAGUCAUUUUGAUGUAAAUGAUCCACUAGUUCGAAAGUCACAAGAAGCUUUCGUGAUGGAGAUGCGUGUAGCCAGAAUGGUCCAAGCAGCUGAUUCUUUACUUAAGUUGGCGUCUGAGCAGCAAAUGGUAAUAUUUUCAGGAUGUACAUCUCUUAAUGACCAUGUGGAGCAAAGAACUGUUGAGUUUGACCAACAAAAAAAAAAAACAAACCGAAUGCUGGCCAAGAUUGGAGAAGUGGUAGCAACGAGCCUCAAGGAGCUUGAAUCUCAUUAUUAUUCUUCUGUAUAGAGGACAACCGAACUGCUUAGCUCAUAA